CAUUUUCUCUGGCCCUGCUCUGCCUCGUGCUUGGCGGCCCUUUUGGUCUGUUUGGAUGCGGUAUCAUCUUCUAGCCCGUAAAACGCGGUCGUUGCUCAAGUCCUUGCCCAAAUACCCUCGUGCGCAAUUAUCCUCGACUCAGGCACUCCGCUACCCUCGGAAAGACCGCCCGUCCACGCAGCCCAUCCCCCGCUUCUCUCGACGUGCAAUCUCGUCAGAGACACCCGCACCGGAACACCCAGAAGCUACCAGCGCUACAGCGGCUGCAGCAGCCAGCCCUAGUGCUGAAGACCCACCUCCGUCGGAAGAUGUCGAAGAGAAGCCGAAACGCCGAACUCGCGUCUCGUCAGUGGCGGUCGCGCCGAAGUCUGAGGCCGACUCUGUAGCUCUUCCCCCGAACUUGGACAUCCUUUGGACGCCAGAAGAUGUGCCCGACGACCCGUCAUCGUCCAGCGCACCAAGCACCACCCUCCCGCCGCCGGAGAUAUUCAAUGAGGUGCUGCAUAACCUCCACAUCGUGCUGCAUCCUCAGACCCAGAACCGCGCGGCGUAUUCGUCUGGAGGGGCGCCGCUGGUCGAGCCGACGCUAGCUCUGUACUGUCCUAUAGAAGGCGGUGACUUCGUACUGGACGCGACCGUGCGAGAAAUGGCGCGGAGGACUGGUGCAGACGUGGUCGUCUUGGAUGCGGUUCAAUUAGCAGCGGGCGAAUGCGGACACUUUGGCAAAGCUGCCUCUGUGCUGCAGCUACCGAAUAACCCGCUCCAAUUCCCCUCGUCUCAAAGGGAGCCUACACGUCCAAAUUCCCAGCGGGAGAACGAAGACGACGACGAACAGCCGUCUUCAGGUUUCAGCAUGUCUCCAAUGACCGUCCAUGUCAUGGCCUCGAUGCCAAGGCGGCCGUCUCGACUCAUUGAACCUUCAAGGAGUGUGCCCAUGGCGCGCCUGAAGGGUUUCUUCGACGAAAUCGUUAACCUUCGCCCUGCUUCUACCGGAGACGGCGAAGAGCCGUCAAGUUUGCCGGCAAGGCGUCCCCGCAUAAUAUAUGUGAGGGAUUACCCCACGCUAGCCGCUUCUUCGUCUGCGUGGUACCCUGCGCUGCUCGCUGCUGUCAGGCAACGCCGACAAGGCCCUAUAUCCCGACCCAACUCUCCGGUGGUCAACCCUACCGCAAUUGUCUUCGGUAUCACACCCUCCUUCAUGGUACCGGAGCCAUUAUCUUCCACGCCUUCGCCCGGCUUGCAGGGUGUCAAUCUCGUGUCUUCGAAGUCACCAGACAGCCAACAGACGUCUUCCAACCUGAAGUCGCCUCACAAGCCUGAGUUUGGCGAAGAUAGCGGCAGCGAGAAAGCCCGGGAGAAACGUGUUCAGCGGCGGUUGAAACGGUGGGCUCGGGGCAUAUCCGAGGACGUUCCCCGGCUGCAUCCGGCGAGUGAAGACAUGCAUGACAGUGACGGUUCUAGGGGACGUCCGAGCGUCGUCGUGCUGGGUCAGGAGGGCUUCUCGGGCCUGUCUCCGUUCCUGGGCCACUCAUUAUCUCGCGCGCUCGCGGGACGCAGCCAGGGGACCCCAGAAUCAGACAACCGGCUUGGUUUCUUCCGCGCCUCGCUCGUCUUCCCGACCCUGCGGUCGCUACCGCAGGAGCGGGACGCCCGCAUGAGCCGGCGGCGGGAGGUCAACCAGCUCGCGAUGCGCAUGGCCGUCGCGCAGGUGGGCGGCACCCUUGGCGAGCUGGAGGACGUCCCUGAGCUCGAGCAGUCCGCUUUGGACGGCGAUGAUCACGACCGGGCGAAGGCCCAGCUGUGGGAGCGCUGGGGGCAGACUGUGGAAGUCUGGCAGAAUGUGCAGCGUAUCGCGGACAGGGCGGUCGGGAGCGUUGUGGCCGCGAGCCUGGCGUACCUCCCGUCCAACCGCUCGCUCGAACCCACGCCUGUCCCGUGGCCCGCGGUUUUCGACGCCUGGGCCGCCGAUAGGUCGUCGCAGGACAUGUGGAAGACGCUGUUCUCUACGCCCCCGUCUGGGAAACUUCACCGCGAGAACGAGGAGGAAGAACGGGCCGAAGUCGAGGACGAGGCGGACGUCGACGAAAUCAUCGAGAAGCUCAGGCGAAAUCCUGAUUUGGACGAGCACGAGCAGAGGCUAUUGGGCUGUAUUGUCGACACGGCGUCUAUUACGACCACCUUCAACCAGGUGCACCUGCCGCCGCAUACAAUCGACUCUAUACGGACGAUGGUGUCUCUGCCGUUGCUCCAUCCGAGCGCAUUCCAGCAGGGCAUCCUCAAGGAACACAGCAUGACAGGCUGCCUUCUCUUCGGUCCUCCAGGAACCGGUAAGACGUUAGUCGUCCGCGCGCUCGCCAAGGAGGCCGGAUGCAGGAUGCUUGUCGUCUCUCCCUCGGACAUCAUGGACAUGUACGUCGGCGAAGGCGAGAAGCUCGUCCGCGCGGUGUUUUCGCUCGCACGCCGCCUGUCACCCUGCGUGGUCUUCGUUGACGAGCUUGAUGCCUUGUUCGGGGCGCGCCUCUCGAGGGAAUCCGGCAGCUCGCUUGCGCAUCGCGGGGUGAUCACUGAGUUCAUGCAGGAGAUGGACGGCCUCAAGUCCUCCAAGGAGAGCAACGUGAUCGUCAUCGGCGCGACGAACCGUCCGUUCGACCUCGACGACGCCGUCCUCCGCCGCCUGCCCCGCCGGCUCCUCGUCGACCUCCCCGGCGAGAAGGAGCGCGCAGAGAUCCUCAAGAUCCUCCUCCGCGACGAGACGCUUGCAGAUGACGUCGACCUGCAAGUGCUCGCGCGGAAGACCGAGAGUUUCUCCGGCUCGGACCUGAAGCACUUGUGUGUGAGCGCCGCGCUCGAUGCGGUCAAAGAGCGGGUCACCGUGCCCUGGCGGCCGUCCCCGCCCGUCGCACCGGCCGCAGAACCCGAAGCGGCAGCGGUCUCCACCUUCGCUUCGACAGAAACAGCCCCCGAGCCCGAGACCACGCCCCUAGCGGCGGAGAGCACCGCAGAGAAGCCUGCUGUUGAGACUGCGUCUGCGGCAAGCCAGGAGGAGGGGGCGGCUUCUGGGGCCCCUUACGCCCGCUCGCUCUAUUGGCGCAACUUCGAGCAGGCCCUGAAAGAAAUCACGCCGUCCGCAUCAGAAGCCCUGGGCACGCUGUCGGAGUUGCGCAAGUGGAACGACGAGUUCGGCGAGGGCCGCAGAGCGAAGAAGCGGCAGGUGUGGGGCAAGGACCGCUUUGGGUUCACGGUGCCCGCCGUCGUCGAGGCCCUCCCGCCGGUGGAGGUGCAGGUCGAUGUUGCGCCUGCAGCCGCAAACACAAACACGACCUCCCCGGAGACUGCUGCACGCGGGUGAUAUAUACUAGAGGGACCAUAUAUGCUUGGGACACGACUAUACGUAGAUACAAUAUAAUGACGGCGUCUGGUGUACAGCAAGGGAAGGUGGAGACCGGGACUUCUCGUCAGCGUCGGGACGACCUGCGCCUCUGCGUCUGCGGCGGCGGCGACUCCUCCUGCUCUUCGGCCUCCUCCUCGCUCUCCUCGCGCGCGGCCUUCCGCUUGCCCUUGCCCUUCUUCUGGGUCGCUGCGGGCUGGCUCUGAGAAGGCUCCGGCUCCGCGUCGUCGCCGUUCUCGUAAUCCCGCUCCUCUUCGUCCUCUUCAUCAUCAUCGUCGUCGUCGUCCCCGGUGGACUUCCUGGGUGCGCGGCGCUGGUUCAGGUCCUGGCCCUCCCUGUACGCGGCCUCGCCGACGGGCCGGAGUUUGGUGAGGUUGGCCUCGGCCCAGCUCUGGCUGCAUGACGGGCACUGGUGGUGUCGCCGCUUGAAGUUGUUGAAACAGUGCGUGUGCAUCCGCGUUUUGCAUUGGUUCGUGUAGCAUGCGAUUCCACGCGUGACGAGCUCCAUGCAGAUCGUGCAGUCUAGAAGCUCGCCCUCGUACGUGUUGCGCAGGUAAAUCUGGAGCUCCAGAACGGUACGCGUCGAGAGGGAGUAGCGUCCCAGCUUGCUCUUCAGGAGCCAGCCGCGCGCGACAAAGCUGCUGAGCGUGGUCUCGGCCUGCGUCUUUGUCAUAUUUGUUUUGAGCGAGUUCACCUCGCGGAGGCACGCCAUAGCGGAGACGCAGAAGGAUUCGUUCGGCGCGAGCAUGAUUUGUUCAAGCACUGCUUUGAAGUACGCGAUCUCAGUGGGAGUAUACUCCGUCGCUAGCUGCGCGAUCUCGUCGCCUUUGCGGUUAACCACAGCAUACAUCUCCUUCCCGCUGACUUCAUCGUGCAGAUGCGCAAACUCGAGGUCGAUCGGGUUCAACGCCUCGUUCACGCUCGUCACGAAGUUGUCCCACGAGUUCCUGUCCGCGCGGUACUCGAUGUCGACCGUCUCGUUCGCCUCUUUGACGCCGUCGAUGCACUUCUCCCAGAUCUUCGCGGCGAGCUUCUGGGAGAGGAUGCGGCGGGAGAGGAUGGCCUGGAGGAAGAGGCGUUGGACGUCGGCGGAGGAGACACCCAUCGUGCGUGCACUUCAAAGUACUUUGCGGGCGAGGAUGGCGGUCGCG